UUUGUCAUCUCCUAUUAUUAAUAUAAAUGGUGUCACAGUGACAAUAUUUACUGAAUGCACAUCAUGUCCAUGAAGGACAAUGAACCGACAAGGCACAGAGGGACUAAAUGUAACGCUGUGGAACACGAAACUUCUGCAGUCGCCUAUAUGCAGGUGUCAGCUAGGCAAAAAAUAAAAUAAAAUAAAGAGUGUGGGCAGUUACUCUGGCUGGACAGGGGUCCAACAAAUGACUGUCUUUCCUGUCGGACCGGAGGGUAGCGGGACUGCUGUCCCUUUUGUUGGACUGGGGGUAGACACUAUGACAUGUCCCUCUUGCUGGACAGCGGACUGGGGUGGAGGACGGUCCACGUCUCCUGGUGGCGGCAGGAGGACCUCCGGACCACCCGCCACCCUCUCACCUCCCAGCGCUCGCUCCCAGGAACCCCCGUGUCCCAUUCUCACUUCCCCAUCGACCUGCGCACCUCCAUGGACGGGAAGUACAGGGAAAUCGCCCAGGAGCUGUUCACACGCAGCCUGGCGGAGAGUGAGAUGCGCAGCGCCCCCUACCAGUUCCCCGAGGACUGCCCCAUCGAGCAGCUGGAGGAACGGCGCCAACGCCUGGAGAGGCAGAUCAGCCAGGAUGUCAAGUUCGAACCCGAGAUCCUGCUCCGAGCCAAGCAGGACUUCAUGAAAACGGACAGCGCGGUUGACCUCGAGCUCUUGCAGGAGCAGGUCCAGGGCUCCAUGGAGCCGCCCUUCGCCAGGGAUCGAGAGCCGGGCCUGGAGAGGGAGUACCAGCGCGUCAGCAUCUCUGGAGAAGAGAAGUGUGGGGUGCCAUUCACGGACCUGCUGGAUGCUGCCAAGUGCGUGGUGCGGGCCCUGCUCAUCCGGGAGAAGUACAUAGCCCUGUCUCUGCAGGACUUCUACCCGACCACGGCCCGCUUCCUGCAGCAGCUGGGCUGGGCGUCACCGAACGAGAUCCACGCGUACGACGAGGUUCCCGAGACACCGGUCGCGGCAGAUGCCCCAGUGCACCCCCCGGUGUCGGAGACGCACCCUUAUGAAGACCAGGACCCCAAGAACAUGCCUCCCGACCUGGGCUACGGCUGCAAGAUGGUGGAUGGCGUGGUCCACGUGUACACCAGGAGGAGCCCGCUGGAGGGGGCCACAGAGCUGGACCUGCCCUACCCUGACCUGCAGGAGUACAUCGCCGACAUGAGCAUCAUGAUGGCCCUCAUCAUCAACGGCCCAGUGAAGUCGUUCUGCUACCGGCGCUUGCAGUACCUGAGCUCCAAGUUCCAGAUGCACAUCCUGCUGAAUGAGAUGAAGGAGCUGGCUGCUCAGAAGAAGGUCCCUCACAGGGACUUCUACAACAUCCGCAAGGUGGACACACACAUCCACGCCUCCUCCUGCAUGAACCAGAAGCACCUGCUGCGGUUCAUCAAGCGGGCCAUGAAGAAAUACCCUGAGGAGAUCGUGCACGUGGAGAAGGGCAAGGGCCAGACGCUGUCCGAGGUGUUUGAGAGCAUGAGCCUGACCGCCUUCGACCUGAGCGUGGACACCCUGGAUGUGCACGCGGACCGCAACACCUUCCAUCGGUUUGACAAGUUCAACGCCAAGUACAACCCUAUCGGCGAGUCCAUCUUGCGGGAGAUCUUCAUCAAGACGGACAACCACAUCGAGGGGAAGUACUUUGGACACAUCAUCAAGGAAGUGAUGGAGGACCUGGAGGAGAGCAAGUACCAGAACGCGGAGCUGCGCCUGUCCAUCUACGGGCGCUCGCGAGACGAGUGGGACAGCCUGGCCAAGUGGGCGGUGCGCCACGGCGUCUACUCCGACAACGUGCGCUGGCUCAUCCAGGUGCCGCGCCUCUUCGACGUGUACCACACCAAGAAGCAGCUGGCCAACUUCCAGGAGAUGCUGGAGAACAUCUUCCUGCCGCUGUUCGAGGUCACCGUGGACCCCCGCAGCCACCCGGAGCUGCACCUCUUCCUGCAGCAUGUCGUGGGCUUCGACAGCGUGGACGACGAGUCCAAACCCGAGCACCACAUCUUCAACCUGGACAGCCCCCUGCCGGCGGACUGGACGGAGGAGGACAACCCGCCCUACUCGUACUACCUCUACUACACGUACGCCAACAUGACCGUGCUGAACCACCUGCGCAGGAGGCGGGGCUUUGACACAUUUGUGCUCCGCCCACACUGUGGGGAGGCAGGGCCCAUCCACCACCUGGUGUCAGGCUUCAUGCUGUCGCAGAACAUUUCCCACGGACUGCUGCUCAGGAAGGCUCCCGUGCUGCAGUACCUGUACUACCUGGCCCAGGUGAGCAUCGCCAUGUCCCCUCUGAGCAACAACAGCCUGUUCCUGAGCUACCACCGCAACCCCCUGCCCGAGUACCUUUCCCGCGGCCUCAUGGUGUCGCUGUCCACCGAUGACCCGCUCCAGUUCCACUUCACCAAGGAGCCUCUCAUGGAGGAGUACAGCAUCGCCGCCCAGGUGUGGAAGCUCAGCUCCUGCGACAUGUGUGAGCUGGCCAGGAACAGCGUGCUGAUGAGCGGCUUCUCUCACAAGGUGAAGAGCCACUGGUUAGGCCCCGCCUACACCCGGGAGGGCCAGGAGGGCAACGACAUCCGGCGCACCAACGUGCCCGACAUCCGCGUGGCGUAUCGCUGUGAGACGCUAUGCGAGGAGCUGCAGCUCAUCACACAGGCCGUGCAUUCGGCCGAGCUGGACCCCAUCGCCGAGGAGGACAGCCUGUCCAUGAUGCCGCUGCCGGGGGCCUCGUGAGCAGGGGGCCUGUCCUCACCUGCUGUCCACCUCUCGGAGGACAGAAACGUGUGUGUGUGUGUGUGUGUGUGUCUGUGUGUGUGUGUGUGUGUGUGCGUGUGCGCAUCAUCCUGUUCCACCCCCACUCUCCUAAGUGUUUAAUGAGUAAGUUUAAGAGUUUUUUCUUUCACGUUCACAUCCCAUCGGUAACAAUUUUUACGUAAUAGCUGAUGAUGAGCGCAUUCACAAUGAUGACUGGAGUAAGUUCACACACUCCGUGUCCCCUUUCCUAAAGCUUAUAUCCCAAAUAUUAAUUAUAGUACCUGUUUUCAAGGCCUUUGUACUCCUUUUGAAUAUAUUAAAAGUGUAUUUUUGUAAUGGAGCAAGAGACACAAUUUAUGAGAAAUACAUUCUAUCUGGGUCUAUAUAUAUCUGUGUAUCUAUAUAUGGUAUCAGACUUUUGUCCCAUACAUGUACCUUAUCAGUGAUUUAACAUUCAUAUUUUGUUGUGGGAUACUGUCAUUGUUUAAUAUUACCGAUCUGUGACUCUGUGCGUGGGGAAUAUCCCCACAAACACUUUCUGAUCUUCACGUUUCUAUGUUUAUGUGGAGUUGGACAGCGCUCUUUGUCCACAUGUCUUUUUCUUGAGCGAUAAACAGUGUUUGUUUCUUCAGUGUGUUUUUGCUGCCAUUUCGAUAAUUAGUGUCAUCGUUGCUGAUUAAUUUCUAUUUCACUUUGGAAGAAGCGGUUCAUCUCCAGAAGUUUGCCCGUUUCACCGUCCAGACACGGUACAAGCGACCAGACUUGUGCGAGCAUGAUUACGCACAUUCCGCACCAUGCCCGUGCCCUGUAGUCAGCAGCUCCAUGGCUUCGUGCCACGAGUUGCGGGUGCGAGGCGGAGCCUCGUCUGGGAACAGGGCCAAGGUUCGAACCGCGGUUCCGGCGGCUCGUCUUCCAGAAAGUGGCUCUUACUGUAGCUGCAACACCUGCGGUGACUGAUUUACACCUGUGGCCUGAAGGUUUACGGUACACCCAGCGCUCAUGUAACGGUCUCGCAUGCUCUGAACGCUUCCUCCAACUGCUCAUGGUGAUAUUUACCGCUUCUCAUACAACAGGAUUAUCAGAGUGAAACAGCCGUUUUUGUCUAGUCACACAGUCAUUUCACCCCCACAGCUGCUGCUCUAUUACAUGUCAAUAUCAGUCUCAGCAGAAUCGUUUUUACAUUUAUUUAUUUAUCAGACACUUUUCUCCAAAGCGACUUCCAAUGAACUCUG